UUCGCUGUGAGCGCGCGCGUUACACACACACACACACACACACACACGCUCGCUCGCUCGCUCGCUCGCUUCAUUUGACAAAUACAAGCUGAGCGCAACAGUAGCCUCCCUCCGUGACUGAAGAUCUGAGAGAGCAGCCGCCGCGUAUGACAGCAACGCAGCGUUCAUCUGAGGCGAUACACACAUGUUCGACCGCUUUAUUACUCUGUCAAGGGCUCAUAAUGUGUGUAAAGCUGACGCUUCAGCCACAAGCCAGGAAUGAAGACAGGUCAGACGCAUCUACUCACUGACUGGGCAUCGCGUUUCGAAGCCGAACCUGAGCUUCGGUCGUUUGGACAACAACCGAAUAUAUCCGAGGCGGCCGCUGCCGUAGCUCUUUAUACCUGUGGGACACUGUUUUGCUGCUAAUUCCGUUUAUAGACACACAUUUUUAUUACGCUGUACUGACAGACGCGUUUCUCAGUGUGUCAGUCUGGUGCGCUUGAUGCUUUGCAUGCAAACCCUGAGUGAACUUACCAGGUAAACACAGUUUUACCUCGUUCUUGUAUCGAAUGUUGUUUACUUUUGCAUUAUGUACCUCCUGGCGCAUUUGGAACAGGCGUUUUUACGAACGAAAGCUAAUGUAAUCUAAAUGUUGUCAUGAAGUAAUAAUGGUAGAUGAUGCUUAUGGAGAUAUCAACACGGGCUGGAUGGCGUUCCACAUCCGCGCGCUGUCGUCCCCAAACCGGGUAAAGUGAACGGCACACCGGGAAGAAAGGCUUCAUAACCUGCUCAAGUCAAACUGCACUGAAACUUAAAGGCUAAACGAUGUCUAAAACGCUGAAGAGGAAGAAACACUGGUCCACUAAAGUGCAGGAGUGCGCCGUGUCGUGGGGAAGCGUUGGGGAGUUCGGUGAUGUUGUGGAGAUCCUAGGAGGCGCCGAGCACGGGGAGUUCCCGUUCCUCGGUCAGAUGAACUUGGACGUGCUGGUCUGUCACGUCGGGAGACUACCGUACUACGGGGAUGUGUUAUUGGAAGUGAACGGGACACCUGUCAGCGGGCUGACGAACCGAGACACACACGCGGUGAUCCGCCACUUUCGGGAGCCGAUUCGAAUUAAGACCGUCAAACCAGGUAAAGUGCUGAAUGCUGAUUUGAGGCAUUAUCUUAGUCUGCAGUUCCAAAAAGGAUCAAUCGACCACAAACUGCAGCAAGUGAUUCGAGACAACCUGUACCUGCGCACCAUCCCAUGUACCACCCGGCUGCCCAGAGAUGGGGAGGUUCCAGGAGUGGACUAUAAUUUCAUCAGCGUGGGGGAUUUUCGCAUCCUGGAAGAGAGUGGGUUACUGCUGGAGAGCGGAACAUAUGAUGGUAACUUCUAUGGCACUCCCAAACCUCCUGCGGAGCCCAACUUGGUUCAGCCUGACCUGGUCGACCAGGUUUUGUUUGAGGAGGAUUAUGGCACCGAAGUCCAACGAAAGCGAACAACCUCCGUCAGCAAGAUGGACCGCAAGGACAGUGUGGUCCCUGAGGAAGAAGAGGAUGAGGAACGACCACAGCUCCCAAACGGCAUCCCAGAGAGGACAGAGGAAUGGAGGAAAGCUGUGCCCAGCUACACUCAGUCCAGCGGUGGAGGCAGCGCCGGUGGCAGUGGGACACUGGAAGUCCGCACCUGGAGCUCUUUAGCCAGAGAUGAAAGCCUGGAGCCCCUGCCGUACAACUGGGAAAUGGCCUACACGGAGACGGGAAUGGUCUACUUCAUAGACCACAACACAAAAUCGACUACGUGGUUGGACCCUCGUCUGGUCAAAAAAGCCAAGCCCCCUGAAAAGUGUGAGGAUGGAGAACUUCCAUAUGGUUGGGAGGAGAUUGAUGACCCACAGUACGGCACAUACUACGUUGAUCACAUAAACCAGAGAACCCAGUUCGAAAAUCCGGUUCUAGAGGCCAAGAGGAAACUCGGUUUGGACACUGCAGUCGCAACUCAGACCCAACAGAGGGCAGCACCUCCUCCAGGUGGAGCGGCUGGUACGCCCGGGUUCACGCGGGACCCAACCCAGCUGAAGGGGGAGCUGUAUCACACGGCUCUCAGGAAGAGCCAGCAGGGCUUUGGUUUCACCAUCAUUGGUGGAGACCGCCUUGAUGAGUUCCUGCAGGUGAAGAACGUUCUCGCUGAUGGCCCGGCCGCCCAGGACAACAAGAUGGCCUCUGGUGAUGUAAUUGUGGAAAUCAAUGGCACACUUGUCUUAGGCAAAACCCACGCUGACGUGGUCCACAUGUUCCAGUGCAUCCCAAUUAAUCAGUAUGUUGACAUGGUCCUCUGUCGUGGAUACUCGCUUCCCCCUGACGUGGAUGUGGACAGCGAGGACCUUCCCCCUCCACCUCCACCUCCGACAGGAGAGAUCGUAACCGCUGUACCCCUCAUCAAUGGCCAGCCACUGCUGGUCAAAGGUGACGCCCUUCACGGCUCCUCCCAGGAGCUUCACUAUGUAACCACAGAUGCCAGUGGGCGGCCGGUGGUCGCCGCUCUUCCAGGAGGCAGCAGCAGCGGUGUCAAUGACAGGCCCGAGACGGGGAUGCUGCAGCCGGAGCUGGUGAGCGUGCCAAUCGUGAAGGGACCUGGAGGAUUUGGCUUCGCCAUUGCAGACUGUCCGCUGGGGCAGAAGGUGAAAAUGAUCCUGGAUGAACAGUGGUGCCGAGGCCUGUUGAAAGGAGACGUGAUAAAAGAGAUUAACAGGCAGAACGUGCAAACACUGAGUCACGCACAGGUGGUGGAUAUUCUGAAGGACCUCCCGGUGGGCAGCGAGGUGAAUCUGGUGGUGUUGAGAGGAGGUCAGACAUCGCCUGUGAAGAGUCUAAGACCUAGACCGGGGUUGAGUGCCAGCACUGAGACUCUGGACCGUUGCCAUGACAUCAUGGUUCCCCAGGCUUUGACCUAUCACUCAAACACACUGCCAUGCAGCUCUCCAAAACAAGACGCUUCCCUCCACUACAGCAAACCUAAAGCCUUGUCGGAGAGCAUAGGACCUCACUAUAAAGAGUUGGACGUGUUCAUCAAGAGAGAUCAGGAGACAGGCUUUGGCUUCCGUGUGCUUGGAGGAGAAGGUGCAGAACAACCAGUUUACAUUGGUGCCAUCAUUCCCCAGGGGGCAGCAGAGAAGGAAGGCCGUCUGAGGGCCGGAGAUGAGCUCGUUGGCAUCGAUGGCAUCACUGUGAAGGGGAAAUCUCACAAACAAGUUCUGGAUCUGAUGACUAAUGCAGCACGCAACGGAGAAGUGCUGCUUUCAGUGUGCAGGAAGGUCAUUUACAGAGAUGCCCUGGAGGAUGUUGGGAGCGGAGCGUUGACCCUUGUGAAUGGCUCACCACGGCUUCCACGUAUCCAGGUGCCAAGCAUCAAGGACCAGGGGUCAUUUGAUAUCACGCUCCAUCGUAAAGAUAACGAGGGCUUUGGCUUUGUCAUUCUCACAUCGAAGAGCAAACCGCCACCUGGAGUGUGUGUUGCAGUGAUUCCGCAUAAGAUUGGUCGAAUAAUCGAGGGCAGUCCGACUGACCGCUGCGGACUGCUGAACGUGGGCGACCGCAUUUCCGCUGUGAACAGCCAGUCCAUUGUGGAGCUCUCUCACAACGACAUUGUUCAGCUUAUCAAAGACGCGGGGAACUCCGUCACACUCACCGUGGUUCCUGAGGACGAGUACAAAGGCCCACCCUCAGGAGCCAGUUCAGCCAAACAAAGUCCAGCACCGCAGCACAAGAUUCUCAGAUCCACUCAGGAUGAGAGAUAUAAUUUGGAUAUGGAUGAGAUCAGGGAUGAGCUUGUACGGAUGGAGUAUAAAACUCUUCCCAUGAGUGAACAGGGAACGCUGUGUGUCGCCAACUCCAAACAGGGCUGUAUUGCGGUAGAGUUGGAGCGCGGACCUCGUGGUUUUGGCUUCAGUCUGAGAGGAGGAACGGAGUAUAACAUGGGCCUCUACAUCCUGCGGCUGGCUGAGGACGGCCCUGCUCUACAGGACGGCAGGAUACACGUAGGAGAUCAGGUAGUGGAGAUCAAUGGAGAACAGACGCAAGGCAUUAGUCACACCAGAGCCAUUGAGCUGAUCCAAGCUGGAGGAAACAAAGUGCUACUGUUACUGCGACCGCAAGCCCUCUUAUCAGAGAACAGAGAUGUUAUCCUUCCUGAUCCGCCGGGAUCCAACACUUCCAACAUUCCUCUCAGUUCUCCUCUCCUUCAUCUGCCAUCCACCUCAGCGAAGAAGGAAACGUCAGACCUGUCAAGCUCCUUUGCCCGUUCUCGGGGCUCCUUGGAUCUGGCCUGUGAGGAUCCGCACUCUAAAGACAGCAAGAGGGAGAAGCAAGCCAAACCACCAAACACCAGCUCUUCCAGAGUCCCGCAGCAACGGCGCAUCAAGAGUCAGUCCGCAGAGAAUCUCCUUGAUCUCGGAGAUACAGAGAAAUCCAAAAGCCCAUCCAAAGACAAAGCUCGCAGCCACAAAGAAAAUCUGAAACAAAGCACUCGAGACUCCCACAAGAACAGAAAGUCCUGCCAGCAUAGUCGCUCAGUCAGUCCCCAGAAGACAAAGCGUGAAGGACAGGAAGUGGUAAUUGGCGAAGCACAGGGACGGAAAGAGGUAUGCCGUGUGAAGGGGAUGCCGAGCGUGAACCAAAAGAAAAGUGACGCUGAAAGGAAGAAAAAACAGGAAUCUAGAGGAAGGAAGCGAAAUGAGACCCAAGAAGGGGAGGAGAGGUGGAGAGCUGAGAGAAAAGUGAGAAGCAAAGGAGAGGAUGAAGCGCUUGAGCCAAAAGGGGAAACGGAGCUCAAAAGCACCCGAAAGAAGAAAAAACCGAGAGAUAGAGACAUGCGAAAUGAGGACACCCACAUAUCGAGCAGAGAGGGAGACAAGAAGAGCAGACAAACAAAGGAUAAGGGGGAUCAAACGGAAGAAAACAGGAAGGAAAUGAUUACAGAUAAGAAUGAAAGCAGAAGAAAAGGAAAUGAGAGCGAAGACAGGAAAGGCGACAUUGUCACCACAGAUGCGGCUCCAGUCACCACCAGGGCGAGUCUAGUCUUUGACCACCCUGGACCCUUGAGUGAUGGCCUUUGGAAGAUCCCUAGUUUUGCACGUAUCCUCACGCACGAGGAAGCCAUGCGAGAUGUUUGCGAAUAGUUUGGCAGUCUUUGGGAAUAGAAGGUUUAAGGCCAGAAACAUACGCAAGUAUGUGAAUACAAACGCUUGUAGCUAUGAUUUCACACAGUUCAUCAUGGAUUGCAAGUUGCAUUUCAGCAUUUCAGCACUAUCAUGGGAAUUAGCGCAAAUUAUCUGCUGGUGGAAGAGAAUCUUGCUGAGCGAGUUAGUUAUACUGUCGACGUGUUUAUAGACCUAAAUAACAUCACAUCUGGUUUAUUGGCACAGACAUUUAAAGAAAGCUAGCGCCUUCUUGAGUACAAGACUAAACAUCUUCAUGGGUUACUCAAGGGAAUGAUCGAGAUUUCUUUAUACGUCAGUGUACAGCAGGUCAGCGUUUCAAGCAUUUGCACUUGUGAAGAACGUUGCCUAGCUAAACUUCUCCUAACAUGUUCCCGAUACUGUAAAAAAAUCUGAAUUUGAAUUUUUUAAUAAUAUUGAAUUUACGGAAAACUUAGUUGAUACAUCAUAUAAUACAUUCUACUGCAUAAACUCAAAAAUAAAAUUGUCUGUUACUUGUGAACUUUGGCUUGAAAAUAAGCCUCGUUUUUUUUUUUUUAAUCUGUGGAACACAAAAGAAGAUAUUUUGAAGAAUACUGGUAACCAAAAGGUUUUGGCCCCAAUGACUUCCAUAGUAUGGACAACAAAUACUAUGGAAAUCAGUGGGACCCGAAACUGUUUGGUUGCCAGAUUUCUUCAAAAUAUCUUCUUUCAAAGACUAAACGGUUUUGGAACCCAUUGACUUCCAUAGUAUGGACAACAAACACUAUAGAAGUCAAUGGGAAAUGGUCUCAGUUUAUGGUCCCAUUGACUUCUGUAGUGUUUGUUGUCCAUACUAUGGAAGUCAAUGGGGCCCAAAACUGUUUAGUCUAUAGAAGGUUGUUUAUUACUCAGAUAGGUAGCUAUAAACAAGUCGACAGCUUAGAGGCACAGAUAUCUCGAGGUCUUAACUUUAUCGCCCAACUGAAUAGAGAGGUUUGAAACCGCUACAAUAACACAAAGCAUGUAUCUUCAGUGCAUAGACCAAGCAUUCACAUGCUUGUUCACGUACUUUCCAAGAGUAUGUCUUUGGCCUUGUGCCUUGUGGCGUCAGAGCGUAUCAUGUGAACCAUGUUCAUGUGCUUCUCUUUGGACAGUGGUCAGCAUGAGCUUCUCAUUCAAAUGAAUUAAAAACGUUUGUAAUAAGCAGUCUCACAGACAGACUGAUUCGACAUGAAGUUUCAUCUAAACUGCUUUAUGGAGAUCAUUGCUUAAUCAUCUUGGACAGGCAAUUUCUGAGGCUUUGUGGUCGAACGCAUGGAACUCCGUUUUGUCCGGACAGCCUCUUUUUAAUUUGCUUCUUGCCAGCUGACAUUAAACAACAUGAGGACUCUGUCAACAUCACAAUGCAAUCCUUCCUUAUGCAAGGGAACAUGCCCCAUCAAUCACCAAAACAACAAUGCAAGUUUAUGUUUCGGUUAAAAACAGCACGUCUUUACCCCAAAGAAUCAUUUUUUCCCCCUGCAUGCAAACUCCUUGUUUUGUUGCAUGCGUUUUAGACCCGUGCAGUUUAUCUCUGACUCGUAACAUUUUCAAAUGGUGUAAAUAAGAACUGUCUUGAAGAUCGGGGGCUUUACCAGGGACUUUUCAGACUGUUCUCUCUUCCAUGUCUUUGAUUCCUUGAUCUCCAAAUAUUAUAAUUGCAAAUGACCAGAAACUUGUGCUUUAAUAUACCAAGAUCAUUAUCAAAUGUUUAUUUAUUGAAAUGUGUAUAUGAAUAGAUACAUGUAGCUAUAAUGUCAGAUUGUGACAUUGAUUUCGGUGUAGAGAUCCAAGCUCUUUCUAAGCACCGUGGUAGUUUUACCUUGUAGCAACUGUUUUGACUUGUCACAAAACAAAUGGUACAUGCAAAUGUAUUUUUAAAUAUUCUAUGAAAUCAGAUUUAAUAUGGUAAAUAUUUAUUUUAUUUUUUUCCUGGACAUGCAUGUCCAGUCUGCUCAAGAUGAAGGCAAGCAGUGCAAGCAAUUCAACCACUCAGUUAUGAGGCUACACUGUACUUUACAGCAGUCAAGCUUUGGUUUAUGACCAUCAGAAGCCAAUGCGCAUGGGUGAACCUCAUGAAGGUUGUCAAGGGGUCAUAUCUGAUGUCAAAUUUAAAAGAAAAUAUUUUGGAUUAAAGGAAUAGUUCACCUGAAAAUGAAAAUUUGCUGAAAAUUUACCCACAUUCAGGCCAUCAAAGAAUGAAUGGGUGCCGUCAGAAUGAGAGUCCAGACAGCUGAUAAAAAGCCUCAC